AUGAAGCUGUGGCCGAGAUUAAACAGGUUACCCGUCUUGCCACCACCAAAUAGACUAGGAAACCGUGGUAGACCAAGUAACUACGCUAGGCGUAAAAGCAUCAAUGAAGCUACCUCUUCCUCUAAGAAGACCAAGUUAACCAGGGAGAAGCGUAUCAUGACAUGCUCGAACUGUAGGGAAGAAGGAAACAAUAAGUUAUCAUGUUCGGAACCUUCUGCUGAGCCUGAAGCUAAAAGACCAAGGGGUAGACCAAAGAAAAAUCAGGAAGGAGGAUCACACGGAGGAGCACAAGUAGGAUCACAAGGAUAA